AUGACGGUUAUAUAUGACGCCAUCCAUUCUAUGAGGGGUUACUUUGUGGGCUCAAAAGGACUUGAAUUACCAGAGUAUUAUGAAGUUAUUAUGGUGGAUGAAGUGCCAGUCUUUUACUAUGACAGCACCAUGACAGCAGAGGCCCCGAUCCCAGACUGGCUGAAUUUCCCAGAAGGACGCCUGCACUGGAAUGACAUAAACUCAAUAGCUAUACAUAACAAACAUUCAAUGGCUGUAGCCUUACAAGUGACAAUCCAACAUGUUAAUCAAACUGGAGAUUUUCCUUCCAAAGUACAUAUUUAUCAAGGGCAUGGUAUUUGUGAUCUUCAUCCAGAUGGAACCAUUCAGUCUUUUGUAACACAUGCAUAUAAUGGCAAAGACUUCUUGAGCUUUGAUAUGGAGACUAAGACCUGGACUGCCGUGGUGCCUCAAGCUGUUUAUUACAAAAGAAAGCGAGAGAGUGCUUCAAGAAGUGAACGUAUUGCUGAGUUUUACAAGCACCAGUGUGUUGAACGAAUGAAGAUCUUUCUGAAGAAUGCUCCAGCAUUAUUAGUGGAUAAUCACAAAGCUCCAGAGGUUAGCCUGUUUGAGAAGAGGGGAUCUACUUCCUCUGAUGUCACAGUCACAUGUCAUGUCACCGGGUUCUACCCGCCUACGGUGCAGGUGGAAUGGUUAGGUGCUGGAGUGCGCCCCCUGGUGGAAGGUGUGAACAGUGAAGAGGUGCUUCCCAAUGGAGACGGCACUUUUCAAAUGAGGAAAACGCUGACAAUAUCAGCAGCUGCCCAGAACACACAGAGUUACAGAUGUCUAGUGCUGCACAGUAGUGUGCCUUCCAACAUCACCAGACACUGGGUUCCCGGUGAAGAUCCGCCCACUGCUGUCAUUGUUGGAACCAUCAUUGUUGUGACCUGUCUUGUUGUUGCGGUGGGACUCGCCAUCUACUGUUAUAAGAGGAGGACAGCAAGCUGUCAACAUACAGGUUCAACUUAUAAGGCAGCUGCCACACAAACUGAAGACAACGGCGAAACUGAUCCACCGCGAGGCCUUUUCAGCAGCCUCCAGGAUGUUCUUGAUGGCUCUUCUGUGCUGCAGUCCUUUAACACCAAGGAGUUUGAGAGUUUGCUGUAG